AUGCGGACGCCGGAGCCGAAGCGAGGCCGGAGCCGCGUAGCCACCGAGGACCUGGUGGUGGCCACCUCAACCGGCGCCGUCCGCGGUUUCCACGUGGCCGCCGGCCCCUCCUCGCGCGUGGCGGCGUUUUUGGGGAUCCCUUACGCCGAACCCCCCGUGGGACCCCUGCGUUUCUCCCCCCCUCGUCCCGCCCGGCCUUGGGGGGGUGUCCUGGACGCCUUCGCCCACCCCCACGCCUGUUUCCAACCCGUCGACACCAUGUUCCCAGGAUUCGGCGGCUCCGAGAUGUGGAAUCCCAACCGCGAGAUGAGCGAGGAUUGUUUGUAUCUCAAUAUUUGGGUACCGGUGCCGCGCCCGGCGGCGCCGGCGCCGGUUUUGGUGUGGAUUUACGGGGGGGGUUUCUACAGCGGAGCCGCCUCGCUGGACGUGUACGACGGACGAUUCCUGGCGGCGGCCGAAGAGGUUUUGGUGGUCUCCAUGAAUUACCGGGUCGGCGCUUUGGGUUUCUUGGCGUUACCGGGUCACCCCGAAGCCCCCGGUAACGUCGGGUUACUUGACCAACGGUUGGCGUUGCGUUGGGUUCAAGCCAACAUCGCGGCUUUCGGCGGCGACCCCGGCGCGGUGACGCUGUUCGGGGAGAGCGCCGGCGCGGCCUCGGUGGGGCUGCACCUGCUUUCGGGUGGAAGCCGCGGUUUGUUCCGCCGCGCCGUCCUGCAGAGCGGCUCGCCCAACGGCCCGUGGGCGACCGUGGGGGCGAGCGAAGGCCGGCGGCGAGCGGCGCGGUUGGGCCGGCUGGUGGGAUGCGGCGGCGUGGGCGCAGGCGGCGCCGUGACCAACGAGACGGAGCUGUUGAGUUGCCUGCGCGCCGCGGCGCCGCCGCAGCUGGUGGAGCACGAGGCGGCCGUUCUGCCGCAGCAGGGCGUCUUCCGAUUCGCCUUCGUGCCCGUGGUGGACGGCGACUUUUUGGCCGACACUCCCGAAGCGUUGCUGGGCGGACCCGGCAACGCCGACGCCGAGGUGCUCCUGGGCGCCGUGCAGGAUGAAGGCACCUAUUUCUUGGUGUACGGCGUGCCGGGUUUCGGCAAGGACAACGAGAGCUUGAUCAGCCGCGAGGAGUUCCUGGGCGGGGUGAGGCUGGGGGUGCCGCAGGCCAACGAGCUGGCGGCCGAGGCCGUGGUGUUGCAGUACACGGAUUGGCUGGACCAGGAUAACCCCGUGAAGAACCGCGAGGCGCUGGACGACAUCGUGGGCGACCACAACGUGGUGUGCCCGUUGAUGCAUUUCGCCCAGCGCUGGGCCGAGCGCGGCGGCACCGUCUUCGCUUACCUGUUCGACCACCGCGCUUCCAACCUGUUGUGGCCGCCCUGGAUGGGCGUUCCCCACGGUUACGAGAUCGAGUUCGUGUUUGGGCAGCCCCUGAACCCCGGGCUCAACUACACGGCCGAGGAGGAGGCGCUGAGCCGGCGCAUCAUGAGAUACUGGGGGAACUUCGCCCGCACCGGGGACCCCUCCAAAAUUCCUCCAAGGGACCCCAAAACCUCUCCCAGAGCCCCCCAAAAUUCCUGA